UAAUACAGCAGCCAAUCAUCUCAAAGUCAACUUUAUACUGACCUAAGAAUUUGUGAAUGCUAUGUAUGUACACAAAUUAUCUUCUCGUAUUGCCAAUGUCUACAACCUCUUUUCUACUGUGCUUAGCAGGCUACCCGAUGGCAAUCAUAUCUGAUCCUGCUGCCGGUGAAAAGACAAGCAUGUCUGACGCAUCACUUCCUUUUCCCGCCAGGCUCGGGCAGAGUGAGUCGUGAUGUUAAGUCGGGAGUUCUGCAGCGGGCGCUUGUCCCGAA